CAGUCCAUCAACCCUGGAGAAAGAGGGGGAAAGGCAAGGGGCUAUUCAGGGGCGAAAAAAAGCCCAUAUACACCGCAAACAAUACUAAAAGACUUUAAAUUAACAUCCAUGAAUAUUAAAUUACUUCGGCCUGAAAAAGAUCGAAUAAAAGAUAUACUUGACCCAGACGGCUUUGCAUAUUUGCGUACUCCAAAGCACAUCAUUAAAACCUAUUCAGUUUGUUUAUGCGAUUUUAAUUUCGAUAUGAUUACAAAGAACGCUAUUGACAUCAGAAAUAACAGAAACGCAAAGUUCGUCCAGCGUGGGUUCAGAUAACUGUGACAUUAGACGUGAAAAUACGCGUUAAUUAAUUAUAAAUGAAAUAAUACAUGAAAUAAUAAUGCAUUAUUAUAACUAUUAGGCUAAUAAAAUGAUGCAGGCUAUGCAACAAAAUAAAGAGACCAUUUUAAUAUAACUGCUCAAUCAUCUGCAUCACUCUGGGAGAACAUAUGAGUUCUCAAACUAUAUGAGAGACCAAAGUUUCAAUAGUUUCUAGGUAUUUGUAUGAUCAUUUUUACGCGUAAAUCAGCCCUAAUUAAAACAUAAGCCUAUAGCUGAUGAUGUACCCGAAUGUGAUUCGUUUUUCUGAGACAUGUCAGCAAAGUGAGAUCAAUCAACUCGUUUUGACCCUGGUUCAUGACUCAAGUUUGCUUCUCGCUUUUCCAUGUCAGAAGGGCUGUAAUGUGGAUGCGAGCAAACAGCCGGAGCGGAGCUCACAGGGCUUGUUAUUUUAUCCAAGACGUGGUUGUUGGAUCCUGAACCUCACACACACACACACACACACACACACACACACACACACACAUUGUUCCCCCCUUCCUCACCCACCCCCCUCAGGAGUAACCACUCAAUAAAGAGUGGCGUUUUUCCUCUCUGGUUGAACAAGUCUGAAGAACACAAGGGGAGGGUCAUUAAUAACUAAUUACCGUGGGUCAGACCUGACGCAUAUAAAGCCCACCGGGACCGUGGAAAGGCGCAACAUUCUCUCAACACUUAGCGAGACGAGCGCAGACUGAUAGCUAUUGCAUCGGCUCCAGACUGAUGUUAUAUUGGCGUUCAUCGACUUACACUCGCGUAUUACUGCAUAGAUAUUUGGUCUCAUUAAAAAGCAAGGGAAUAUUUUCGUGUUUUGUAUUUGUGUCAUCAUGGGUUCAGUGCUACCUGCAGAUGCUUUGGUUCUGAAGGCUGGAUUUAAGCAGCAGACUCUGGCCCUGUCCGACAUCAUCACAUCGGACAUCCUGCACAGUUUCCUGUACGGCCGCUGGAGGAACGUGCUCGGGGAACACCUGUUCGAGGAGAAGACCCCCACUGUCAGCCCCAAAACAGCGUUCACCGCCGAGGUCCUGGCGCAGUCAUUCUCAGGAGAGGUCCAGAAGCUCUCCAGCUUAGUGUUGCCAAGUGAAGUCAUCAUAGCGCAGAGCUCCAUCCCGGGAGAAGGUCUUGGCAUCUUCUCCAAAACCUGGAUAAAAGCCGGCACCGAGAUGGGUCCCUUCACUGGCAGGGUCAUUUCUCCCGAACACGUCGAUCUCUUCAAGAACAACAAUCUCAUGUGGGAGGUUUUUAAUGAGGAUGGCACGGUGCGCUACUUCAUCGAUGCCAGUCAAGAGGAUCAUCGCAGCUGGAUGACUUACAUCAAAUGCGCGCGCAAUGAGCAAGAACAGAAUCUGGAGGUUGUGCAGAUCGGAAGCAGCAUAUUUUACAAAGCAGUAGAGACAAUACCUCCAGAUCAAGAGCUGCUUGUGUGGUAUGGGAAUUCCCACAACACUUUCCUGGGUAUCCCGGGAGUCCCUGGCACAGAGGAAGAACUGCAGAAGAAGAGUAAAAAUGAUGAAUUCCACCUAUGCGAAACCUCCUCCACCACCUCCCUCUCCACUGCCAGUCGCAUGCGCUGCGUCAUCUGCCACCGCGGCUUCAACUCUCGCAGUAACCUGCGCUCCCACAUGCGCAUCCACACACUGGACAAGCCCUUCGUCUGCCGUUUCUGCAACCGUCGCUUCAGCCAGUCCUCCACCCUCCGCAACCACGUGCGCCUGCACACGGGCGAGCGUCCCUACAAGUGCCACGUCUGCCAGAGCGCGUAUUCCCAGUUGGCAGGGCUGCGGGCGCACCAGAAAAGUGCCAGGCACCGGCCAGCCAGCACAGGUACUGUCGUGGGGCUGCAGGCCCAUUCACCCCCUCCUCCACCUCCUCAGCUGGCACAGGUCCCUCACCCAGCCUCACUGAUGCAUCACAUACCCACCAUGGUGCUUUGAGAGGGCACGAUGCACUCGACUGUCUCAGAUGUUCACAGUCUCACAGGCGAAUCUUCAGUGCUGCUGGCUCAUGUGUAGAAGUGUGACUAUGUGGAGCCGGUCCUGCUGAGAACUCUUACCGUUAGUGGAUGCUUUGUGGUUUGCUGCCCUAAAGGAGAAGAAGUGAUCAGAUAUGAUGAGCAAGGCCUGUACAAACUCAGUUUUGACAGCACUGAAGCGAAUAUGGCCAUAGAAGGGCUGUUUUGUACAUUCAUGUUGAAUUCUUAUCAUCGCCAGAACUACACAGUGAUGGCUCUUUAAAGUUCAUUUGUUCUGGGCUUAUUUUGAUCUAACUGAUCAAACAUUAGGCUAUAAUAUGCCAUUUAAGAUGAUCACUAGUCUGUGUAUCUUUUAUUCAUAUUUGCAUGCAGUAUUGCUUUGUCCCAUUUCACAUUUCAAGCCACAUCACUCCCUCCAUACACUUUAGCCUCAUAAAAUUAUUGAGAAUGUAAUAGAGAGACUGAGUCUCUUUACAAUCUGACAUCAACCCUGUGGCAACUCCUUGAAUGUGUUACUGGGUUUCAGUGUAGGAGAUACAAUGGGACCAAUCACCACUUUGUGACCGAUUCGUGUCUCUACAACCGAAUCAGAGAAGUGGAGCUCAAAGCAUGUUGAUUGUGAAUGGACAAUAUAUGAAGUAUGUAAAGGAAUGUAAAUAUGAUUUUAAAAUUUACUUCCAAAAAUGUGGAAUAGUCACUUUAUCUGUGUAUGUAUGUAAAGAUUAAAGUAUUAUUACAAAACUGGGUUCUAUUACAUAAUGUAUACAAUGUUUGCUGGGGUAUUCACCUUGUAUGCUCA